CAGUUCUAGCUGAAGAAACAAGCUGAUCUACAUGUGCUUCACUCUCCAUUGGAAGAAUGACAGAUGACAAAGAUGUACUUCGAGAUGUGUGGUUUGGCCGAAUACCAACGUGUUUCACGCUGUAUCAGGAUGAGAUAACUGAAAGGGAAGCCGAACCUUACUAUUUGCUUUUGCCAAGGAUAAGCUAUUUGACACUGGUAACAGACAAAGUGAAGAAACACUUUCAGAAAGUAAUGAGACAAGAGGAAGUUAGUGAAAUAUGGUUUGAAUAUGAAGGUACACCGCUGAAAUGGCAUUACCCAAUUGGUUUGCUGUUUGAUCUCCAUGCAUCAAAUACAGCCCUUCCUUGGAGCAUCACAGUGCAUUUCAAGAAUUUUCCAGAAAAGGAUCUUCUACACUGCCAUUCUAAGGAUGUGAUUGAAGCUCAUUUUAUGGCUUGCAUAAAAGAAGCAGAUGCUUUAAAGCACAAAAGUCAAGUCAUCAAUGAGAUGCAAAAAAAGGAUCAUAAGCAACUGUGGAUGGGAUUACAGAAUGAUAAAUUUGAACAGUUUUGGGCAAUAAAUCGAAAACUCAUGGAGUAUCCUCCAGAAGAUAGUGGAUUUCGAUACAUCCCAUUUAGAAUUUAUCAGGCAACAACAGAGAGACCUUUUAUACAGAAGCUAUUUCGACCAAUUGCUUCAGGAGGACAGUUGCAUACUUUGGGAGAUCUACUAAAAGAUGUGUGUCCUAGUGCUAUCGCCCCUGAAGAUGGAGAGCAGAAGACUCAAGUGAUGAUUCAUGGAAUUGAGCCAAUGCUGGAAACACCCAUACAGUGGCUAAGCGAACAUAUGAGCUAUCCAGAUAAUUUUCUCCACAUUAGUAUCAUUCCCCGACCUACUGAUUGAAACUCGGCUAUAUUGGUAUGAGGAUCAUUCUCAAGCUGGAAUUAUAAGGGCAUGUCAACUUCUUGCGUCUGUCAGUCUUGACAGAGGCAGCCUGACCAGAAAAAAAACCCCAACAAAAAACGAAACAAAACAAGAAGUCCUCACUGCUGCAAGCCAAACAGGAAGAGAGAUCAGAUAAGGGCAAUUGGGCUGAUCUUAUUUUGCAUCACCGCUGCUUUUCUUCACCGCUGUAAUUAAAUCAGUUGUGAUAUGAAAGAAUUUACAGGACCUCUGCGAGUCUGCUGUUUUCUUGUAAAGUAUAAUGAAGCUGAAACUGUCAGCCGAAGAGCAAAUGGAAAUAUGCCACUUGAUUGUAUUUCUGAUUAACAAAUAAACAGGGCUGUUUCCUAAAGCGGUAGUGUUUCAACUUUGAGAGUGGAAACAUUGGUUUAAUUUUCUAGAAAGUUAGACACUGAGAGAUUCGGUUACCAAUAGCUUUCUGUAAAAGAUCAAAUUACUGUAAACCCAUCUUUCCUUAAUGAGAAGUUCAUGUUUACAGUAUGUGUAUUGGUAUGCAAAUGAUCUUUUAACUUUGAUAACAAGCAGUGAGAGAUUUUAAAGUAAACCCGUGAGCAUGUUUUGUCAUUUAAAAACAUGCACAACUUAAUAAUUUACAAAUACUUUCGAUUUGUAUGCUGUCACUGAAUACUCCAGUAUGUUUAUUAUUCAAACCAGUUUUCAUAGACUAGCAAUGAUAUAGGAUAAUUUGUCUCAGGAUUUGUCAUGGCAUUUCUUUGUGCUCAUCUAUUUUUUUUCUGUAAGAGUAUUUUCUUAAUUUAGUUUAAAAAGGUUUUUUUUAAAAAAAAAAGUAAACGGAUGUUGCAAA